AUGAAUGAUGGACAACUUUUACGGUUACAUGAAUCUAGUCAAGUUAGUCUUCAAGAAUCAUCAAUUGAUAGCAAUAACGUAAUACGGAGCACUUCUAAAGACUUCAGUGAACACAGCCUAAUUGAUCUAACUAUCUCUACUGAUGAUACAAAUUUAGAUAUAUCUGCACAGCCCAGAGAGAUUAUAACAGAGCUCACAAAUAUUCAUUCUACAAAUCCUAUAAACAACAAAGUUCAUCAAUUAGAACUUAUGAUAGAAAAUUCAGAUCCUAUGCUUGCAAUGAUUGACAAAUAUCGUUCUAUUCACAAGAUUUUAUCAAUAACUGUUGAUAAAGAUAAAUGUUCCGAAAAACCUCCGAAAGAAAUAUUCACUUUGCCAUUGAAUUAUUUACCGAAGAAAAAAACAAUAAAAAUUGAAAAAACAGGCAAGUCAAAGUUAUCAUUUGUGGACACCUCUGAUGAAUGGUACAAACAAAAGUUAAAAAAAGAAAAGUUAAAAAACAUGAAAGAGGAAAAAUUUAACAAUAAAAAAAUAUUAAAAGAAGAAAACAAAAUUAAUGGCUCAAGAAUGUUCAACCUACCUUGA